AUGACAAAGAGGACGAACAGGGAUUACACUCCUUAUAAGGUUGCUGAAAAUUCUCCGACAGUCCACGACCAGUUUCGCCCUUUUUGGAGCUCAUCAGGUAGGCGCAGUCUCGAACUAACACAACUUCCAAGAUACGUAAAACGCUCCACAACUUCCAGUACCUCUCCCUGGAUUGUAAGUGGUGUGUUCAGUGACUACACAUCUACGAGCAUGACGUUACACUUUGUGGAUGCAAAGUGCAUACGAAAGGACGGGAUGACUUUGGUCAGUUCAUCCAAGAAUACUUGCGCCUUCUCCCCUCUUCGAACAUGA